CGGCACCUUAUCGAUAGCGACUUCAAACGUGGACCACGACGGUGAGAUCGCCAACAGGGCCAAGGCGAAGCUGCUUCUGGUUGUUGGUUCUCUCUCCUUUUGAAGAGAGCCAUAAAAGGCUCCAGAAUACGCCGCUUCACAAUCCGAUCUUGGCGCUACCCCAGUCCUUCCACAGCUUGCUGCCUUGAGCUCCCCCACCUCGGCUUCGCUUUCAAAACACCAAACCCACACCACAGCUCCUCCAACGCCGAAACCGCUCACAAUGGCUUCUCCAGAAGUUACUUCAGCUCUGCAAGCUAUCGAAGGAACUUCUGUUACCGACAAACCCUCCCGCUACGCCUCCCUUCUCCAGCAAAUCACCACUUCAUCUAAGAAUCCCGCCGCCGACCUCAAUGCCUACGCUCGGACUCUGCUGGAUGACUCCCUGGGUGUGGUCGUCUUACGUCCGCUUCUCGCCAACUUCGUCGACCAAUUCCGAAAGAUCACGGAUCCAGAUGUCAAGAUCGACGUGGGCGAGAAGGUCAUCGAGCUCCUGCAGUCGAAAGGCGUGGGCCAGUAUGAAGAGCAGGACACACAGAUCAAGGAGAUACUCGCAGAUGCAUGCGAAGAGAACGAGGACUACCGAAAGUCAGCGCAGAUACUAGGAACAAUCAACCUAGAGUCUACGCAGAAGUCACUGUCAAACGACGAUAAGGCCAAGGUCUGGAUUCGAAUAGUGCGGUGUUAUCUGGAAGAGGAUGACCCUACAAGCGCCUUCACGCAUCUCAACAAGGUCAAGAAUGUCAUCUACAGUGUGCAGGACAAGCAGACGCGGUUAAUGUUCCAGCUCAGUCAAGCGCGCAUCCACGAUUCCCAGCGAAACUUCCUGGAUGCCGCACAAGCAUACUACACGAUGAGCUUGGAACCGAUGGUAGAUGAGGGCGAGCGACUGCAGGCUCUUUCAGCGGCUAUUGUCUGUGCUGUGCUAGCGCCGGCAGGGCCGCAGCGCUCGAAGAUGCUGGCGAAGUUGUACAAGGACGAUCGCGCGAACCAGGUUGACGACUUCCCUAUCCUAGAGAAGAUGUUUUUCGACCGCCUUCUCUCACCAGCGGAGAUCAAAACCUUUGCCGAGAAGCUACAACCACACCAUCUCGCGAAGACCGCAGAUGGAUCAACUGUCCUUGACCAAGCCGUUCUACAACACAAUCUCGUCGGUGCAUCCAAGCUGUAUAAUAACAUUGGUUUCGACCAGCUAGGUGAGCUUCUUGGUAUCGAUGCGGAAAAGGCGGAGGACUAUGCCGCAAAGAUGUUGGAGCAAGGUCGUCUGUCAGGGUACAUUGAUCAGAUCGACCGGUUGAUCUUCUUCGAGGGUGAGGGCAGUGGUGAGCGGAAGACAGGACAUGCGGAGCGCAUCGUUGGCAGGGAGCUCCGUAAAUGGGACGCUAAUGUUCAGGGUCUGGCUGAGGAGGUGGAGAAGGUGACAACGAUGAUCCAGAACCAGCAUCCGGACUUCUAUGCUUCUCAGAUGGUGCAUUGAGCGCAAGCCGCCACACACCUUGUGACCAUGGUAUAAAAGGCUUCCUGACCCUGUUAUCCGUAUAUGGAGGAAUGCCUAGAUGAAGGCAGGGCCACUAGCGACACAGGUACCAAUAAGGGACCUUGCCCGAUGGCGUAUCCGACGCAGAGACCUCUUGGUCUCUUGAAGACGAUAGGAUUCAUCUCGUCCGAUGACGCAUGAGUCAAAGCGACGCA